AUGCGAACAUUGGAUGGUUCACAGGCUUAUUGCUUCUGCUUAGGACAUUACUGCAACAAGGACAGUUUGUUGGGACAAGUUGAAAAAUCAUUUCAAAGUAAUGAUAAAGGUCGUUCAUUGAUUAACGAAAAUACACGCUCGGUUAUUCCAUCAGUGAACAUAAAAUCUCAAAUUGCAUCAAAUAAUGAUAUGCUAAUUCCAAUAAUUUCACGUGGCACAACAUUAAUACCAAGUUUGAUUAACAAAACUAAUGCAUGGACAGUAAUUGAAGAGGAAGGCUUGGAGAAAGGUAAUAUUGUGAGCGGUAUUGCUUCGAGGAAUUUAUUUACAUAUCGUAUCAUAACCUUAAUCACCGCAUUAUCAUUUUUGCCUUUUUGA